AUGAUGGAAGCCCCGGCAAGAGAUGCGUUACAAUUCUCAGGUCCAGAGAGCGAACAAAUCGUGGACUAUCUACCCCCUCUGCCAUCAUCCCGACUCCCACGGCUCACCACAUCCCCCAAGCCCUUCGUCACCUUAACGUUCGCCACUUCCCUAGAUAGCCAACUAGCAAUUGCACCAGGAGUACAAACAGCGCUAUCCGGUCCGCAAUCGAAAGCCAUGACGCAUUUUCUGAGAUCAAGACAUGAUGCCAUUCUGGUCGGAGUUGGGACAGCUAUUGCCGACAACCCAUCGUUGAAUUGCCGGAUCGAAGGUGUGGGUGGCUAUGGUGGUGAAGGACUUGAAGGGCAGCCAAGGCCGAUUGUCGUUGAUCCACAUGGGCGAUGGGAAUUCAGCGAAGAAAAUAAAGUGAUGAAACUAGCUAAAGAAGGAAAGGGAAAGGCACCUUACAUUGUGACGUGCAUGGAGCCAUCUGACUCUCAACGAGCCGUUCUCGAAAGUGUAGGUGGCGAAGUGAUAGUCCUGGACCUCUCAGCCAAGUGUGUCGCUACGGCGGGUUCAUCGUGGCACCUCAUUCUUGACGCUUUGUCGUGUCGGGGUAUCGGAAGUGUAAUGAUCGAAGGCGGCGGCUUCGUCAUCAACGAUAUACUAGGACAAGGCUCUGCCUAUGCUCUAGUAGACUCUGUCAUUGUUACAAUUGCCCCGACAUGGCUCGGGAAAGGUGGUGUCCAAGUAUGUCCAGACGGCGGAUCGAAGCGGUUGCCUGUGACGAGAUUGAAAGACACGAAAUGGAUACCACUAGGAGAAGAUGUAGUACUUUGCGGGCGACCGAACAAGGAACUUCGACAAUGA